UGCACAUGGCGUGGUUCGAACAUGCCAUGCUGAUCUUAUUCUCUCGAUUGUACUGACUUGUAGAGGAUGUCAGUUCUAGAACAACUCAAGAAAGUAACCACGGUCGUGGCUGACACUGGAGAUUUCAACAGUAUCAAAGAAUUCAUGCCAACCGAUGCUACGACUAAUCCAUCUCUGAUUUUGGCAGCCUCAAAAAUGGACGCAUACGCACCUCUAAUCCAAGAAGCAGUAAAGUAUGCGAAGGAACAAGGAGCAGGAAAAACGCAAGAGCAGAUACUUGAGCUAGCCAUGGACCGGUUAUUUGUCAUUUUUGGUAAGGAAAUCCUGAAAAUUAUUCCCGGACGCGUCUCAACAGAAGUUGAUGCGAGGUUAUCAUUCGACACUGAAGCAUCCAUCGCGAAAUCACUGUCGCUGAUUGAACAAUAUGAGAAACUUGGAGUUUCAAAAGAACGUGUUUUGAUAAAACUGGCAUCCACAUGGGAGGGCAUCCAAGCUGCAAAAGUCUUGGAAUCAAAACAUGGGAUUCAUUGUAAUAUGACUUUGCUUUUUAACUUCGAACAAGCUGUAGCGUGCGCAGAGGCGAAAGUGACCUUGAUCUCACCUUUUGUUGGAAGGAUCUUGGACUGGUAUAAGAAGAAUACCGAUAAGAAGACGUAUACUCGUAAAGAUGACCCAGGAGUAGAGAGUGUUACACGGAUUUAUAAUUAUUACAAGAAAUAUGGAUACAAAACGCAAGUUAUGGGUGCUUCUUUCCGUAAUACUGAAGAGAUCAAGGGAUUGAUGGGAUGCGAUUUACUUACCAUCAGUCCCAAGCUUCUUAAAGAACUCGCCGAAGAUAAAGAAAAUGUUGAAGUAGCUCUUAAGAGCUCUGAUGCCGCAUCAAAGGAUAUUCCACGUAUCAGCAUCGAUGAGAAAACAUUCCGAUGGGCACUGAAUGAGGACGCCAUGGGAUCAGAGAAACUAGCUGAAGGAAUCCGCAACUUUGCUAAAGAUGCAAAAACACUUGAAGGCCUUGUGAAGAAGCUGCUUUAAUUGUUGGGAUGCCGAUGUUUUUUAUGAAAUUAGCCUAUAGAAAUUUCUAUCCGUUGCAAGAAAUAACAUGCCAAGUCGUUAUAAUGCUUUCCCUGUUGUGAAGAAUACUUUAGUUGUGCUCAUUACAUACAUCAUGUGAUAAUGCUUCACUAGAUGAUAUUGUUUUUUCUUUUUGUUCGCAUCAUUCCGGUGUUUUUACUUUUACUGUUAUACUUCUAGAAAUUUGCUCACAUGAUAUAUCUGAAUGUUCUUUCCAGAGUUUAAUGCGCACACUGUUCACAAUAAAUGCUUG